AUGCCGAAGCCGCCGUUACUGCUGCGGGGGAGCCGCCCCGGGGACAGCGAGCUGGGGCGGCAGUUCCGGGACUGGUGCCUGCGCACCUACGGGGACUCGGCCAAAACCAAGACGGUGACCCGGAGCAAGUACCAGCGCAUCGCCGAGGUGCUGCAGGGGGGAACCGGCUCCGGCGGCGGCUCCGGCGGGGGGGAGAAAGGCAAGUUCCAGUUCUGGGUCCGGUCCAAGGGCUUCCGCCUGGGAAACGGCACCAGGGAGGCGACGAAGAUGGGUCAAGUGGUGGUAUAUGUGCCGGUGAAAACGGGAACGGGGGCAGAUGGACUGUCGGAGCCCGAGGGCAUCUCUCUGAAACGCGUGGCUGUGGUGGAAGAUUUCUUUGACAUCAUCUACUCGAUGCAUGUGGAAAGCUCGUCGGAGCCGGGCAAAGCACCCAAACAUGCCGGGCAGAAGAAAACCUACCGAGCGAUUGCAGAGACCUAUGCUUUCCUCCCGAGAGAGGCUGUGACCAGGUUCCUGAUGAGUUGCACUGAGUGCCAGAAGAGGAUGCAUUUCAACUCCAACGGCCUGGAGCCCAAAGAGAGCGAGCCACCUUCCUCCUUGGUUUCUGGGAUCAUUGACUACAACAUGCCCCUCACCUCGACCUACCUGAAGCAGAUGAAGCUGCGGGUGAUGAAUUCCCAGGAGCAGGAUGAGACGUCGGUGAGCAGCGAGGACUUUGAUAUGAACGACUCCACAUGGAUCUCAGCUGACCAGCACCUGAACUCCAGCCUGAGCCCCAGCCAGGACGAGAGCAUGCGCAGCCCGCAGAACCUGCACGGCCAUGAGGACGAUGACUCCUCGUCAGAAAGCUGCAGCGGGAAUGGCUCCUCCACCCUGAACCCCUCCACCUCCAGCAGCACGCAGGGCGACAGCGCCUUCCCCGAAAUGAACGGCAAUGGCACCACAGCCCCCAUGGACUUCACCGCCUCCGCUGACGACCAGCCCAUCAACCUCUGCGACAAGCUCACGCCUGCCCACAUCACCCCUUCCUACCAGUCUGACAGCUGCAGUGCCGACGGCCUGCGCAGCAGGGUCAAGUACGGGGUGAAGACCUCAGCAGAGUCCCCACCGUACAGCUCUGGCAGCUAUGACUCCAUCAAGACAGAGGUGAGCGGCUGCCCCGAGGACCUGACUGUCGGCAGGGCCCCCACAGCUGAUGAAGAUGACGAUGACCACGACGACCAUGAAGACAAUGAUAAGAUCAAUGACUCGGAGGGAAUGGACCCAGAGAGGCUAAAGGCCUUCAAUAUGUUCGUGCGCCUUUUUGUGGACGAGAACCUGGACCGGAUGGUUCCCAUCUCCAAGCAGCCCAAGGAGAAGAUCCAGGCCAUCAUCGAGUCCUGCAGCCGGCAGUUCCCAGAGUUCCAGGAGCGGGCGCGCAAGCGCAUCCGCACCUACCUCAAGUCCUGCCGCCGCAUGAAGAAGAACGGCAUGGAGAUGACCAGGCCCACGCCGCCUCACCUGACCUCAGCCAUGGCAGAGAACAUCCUGGCCGCCGCCUGCGAGAGCGAAACGCGGAAAGCAGCCAAGAGGAUGCGGCUGGAGAUCUACCAGACCUCCCAGGACGAACCGAUCGCUCUAGACAAGCAGCACUCCAGAGACUCCACAGCCAUCACCCACUCCUCCUACUCACUGCCAGCUUCAUCUUACUCCCAAGACCCAGUCUACAUCAAUGGAAGCCUGAACUACAGCUACCGUGGCUACGGGUCCUUGGGGGGCAGCCUGCAGCCCUCUGCAUCCCUCCAGACGGGCAACCACAGUAAUGGUCCGACCGAUCUCAGCAUGAAAGGUGGGGCCUCCAGCACAGCCCCCUCCAACAGCACCAGCCGGGGCAUGCAGGCGGCCCAGCUGAGCCCCACGGAGAUCAGCGCCGUGCGGCAGCUCAUCGCCGGCUACCGGGAGUCGGCGGCGUUCCUGCUCCGCUCUGCAGACGAACUGGAAAACCUCAUUUUACAGCAGAACUGACUCCCCGUGUCUGCAUCGCUCCUUGGUCGACAAGACAAUUUAUACCUGCUAGAAAGAGGCUCCCAGCGGUGUCCUGCUCAGGACCACCAUCGUCCUCCCGCCACGUGGUGGGCACAUGUAGUUUUAGAAGGUGGGAUCCAAAAGACCUGUUUUCUUUUACACUCCAAGCACCUGGGACUUCGGGCACAAGGACACAUUUUGGAACCGUACCAACACCCGUGCCUCUGGCCGACCAGAAGCCAACCCUGCAGCUUGGAAGGAUGUGGGACUUUGAAGGGCAGAAGGGAGCCUGGGGAGGUUUGGGGCUGCAGAUGUACUUAGAAUAACCUUUGUGGACCCAAAUGUUAGAUUCCCAUCCCUGGAUAAUUUCCAAGUCUUAGGUGAGCUGAAUCACAUAUUUAUUGAGAAAUGGACCCUCCUCUCCCCUUAGUAAUUUAUUUUUCUGAAAAUGGAUUCUUUUGAGUUUGUACAGAUUGCCAGUUUUUUGUCUGUCUGAUCAGAAGGAAUUUAUUCCUGUGAAAUAACACAUUCCAUAUCACUACACUACUAAUUUCCAGGCAGCUCUGCCUGUUUCUCUGGUGAACCCUUGUCCCACAGGGAGCAAGUUUGCCAUCCAGCCCUUGACAUCGAGGCUGCUCAGCCUCCAGUGAGCGUAGGUGGGAGCUGAACAGCAGCGCAAGCGUCCUGCUUAGGCCUUUGUUCUAAGAGGUCCCGUAGCAGCAGUGGGGUCUGAACCUCCCGCAGAGACUCGGCAAGCUCAGCAGACCUCCGGCUGAAGGGCAUCUCGCACUCAUUAAAGUCAUUGCAGAUAAGAGAAGGAAGGAAGAAAGGAAGGAGAUACCUGAGAAACACUGUCUUGCGGUCACCAUCCGUACUCUACCUCACACUCCAUUGUGGGCUUCUUCCAGGACUGGCGGUGCUGGUCCUGGGGACGGUGAGCGUUGCAGACAUGGGGAUUGUGCCGAGGAGGCUGGAACCUCCGGCUGGGUCCUGCUGCUCCCGGCCGUGCGCUCCGCUCCGUCUGCAGCCAGCCCCGGGGCCCGCGGGGUGUGAGGCAGGGCAGCCCGGGGCUCACCCCAGAGGGGAGCUGGAGUGGUGACCGCCCGCUCCUGCGGGAGAGACGGGCAGCAUUGAGCAGCAGAACUGACAAAAUCCUCUCCGAGGCCCAGGAUCCUUCCCCCUCCCUGCUCACAGUCCUGGAACAAGCCCACGGUUCCCAAAGUGUGGAAGAACCGUAGCCCAAUGACCAUUCUGCCCUGUUUCCACCCCCCACAAUGAUGCACUUCGUUUUGCUCAGUGCAAUACCUACUGCCAGUGCUGCUAACCCAGGGACCUCGCUCCGGCCAGGGGUGCUGAGCCCAGCCCAGCAAUGCAACGUGCUCUGGAGCUGUGCAGAGACCAGCGAGGGUCCCGCUGCUCCCUGUCCCCCGCAGCCCCCCCACUUGGCUGAAGGCCACACCACGAGAUAGAAAUUCGAUAAGUGUAAAGCUGUUUUGUAGGUAGAAACUUUCUUGGUUUGGAGCCAGUUUUUAUCUCAUUUUUUGGCCACUCGGACCCAGCAGCCGGGGGCUGCUGCUCCAGGGGCCAACGCUGGUGGCACAGGCCUGAGCAGCCACUGGUCUGGCCAGGAGCGGGCCCGGGCAGUUCCCCUGCACCCUCUGCACCCCAUGAUGCUCCACACACUGGAAGAAAAACAAAACUUACCCUGCUUUUAGUCUCAGAACAGUAAAAACUGCUGGCUCCUGAGGCCAGGUGUGCCUGGCCCCACAGCAGAAGGGAUCAACCAUUGCAUUGACUGUUUUCCCCAAACCUUAAACUUCCCAUAGCAUUUGGAGAAAAGGGACCCAGCCCCUCGCUGCGGGGUGCAGCUGAGGGGUCGGUGCAGAGACGAGGUGAUGGUGGCUCUUAGACCUGACCCGAUGCUGGAACCAGGAGCAUCGUGGCCACACCCAUCCCCUCCUGCGUGGGGAGGGGGCCCCGGGGAUGCCAGCCCCCAGCCAGGGCUCAGACUUAAUGCUUUCCCCAGCACUUCAGAAGCCUGCUUGGUUUGUCCACUGCAUCCUCCCAUACUUGGAAUUUAUGUAAAUAUUUAUUUUUGUGUGAAUACCAUGAAGUAACAAACCUUUGACAAAAUCUGUAACUGCAGCCAUUUGUGAAAAGUCUUACCGUUCAGGCAGGAGAGGCAGAGACAAUCGCUGUCCUGGGAUUCUCCCUCUCCGUGGUCUCCCACGCACGCCGGUGCCUCCCUCCUCGGCAGAGGCAGAGGAACCUUUAGCCAUAAGUUUGCCAUCAGUUUGUACUGAAACAGAGGUAACCCGGGGGCACAUGGACAGACCACCAACAGCCACAGUUGGGUUAAGUUUUAUUUAUCCAAGUCAUUCCUGAUCACCUCUGAACCUGUCUCGGCACAUGUGGAAGUUCAGGAGCUCUCACACGUGGUCAAACUGCUGUAGAGGACACCGAAGGAGAGUGCCCAACACCGCCCUGUCCCAGCACCUGAUGUUCAUAACCUGCAGCUGAAUGGUACAGACUCAGAUUCAUUCCCAAAGCCCUGCUGACAGCCACAUCUGGGACAAGUUGUAAAACAAACGGGAUUGACUCCGAAUUUCUGUCAGGGA